AUGGGUGUUGGCGGGGAAUGCCUAUUGGCCACAGUGAGUGGCACCCACCUUCCUCCUGAGAUCAGGGUACCUGUCAUCUCCUGCAUCCUCCUUCAGGGCUCCAUUGAUGAUGUCCUCGGUGACCUCUUGGGGGAUGAGAUGAUACUACCCGAGGAGCCUGUGAAACUAGCUUCCCGAGCCCGAGAUGCCAUGGCUGUAACCCAGGCGCUCCCUUCUUCAAGGGCUAGAACAAAGUUCCUCCUGGAAGACUGUGCCUUCAGCACCACAGCAGGCCUGACAGGACCUGAUGCUGAGAUUUCAGACAUCUCAGACGCAGACCCGCAGGCUCUCCUCCAGACCAUGAAGGAUCUGGACGACAUGGAUGCCGAUCUCUUGGGUCUGAAGAAGUCUGAUCUGGCCUCCAGCAAAAGAGCUGCAAAGGGCUCUGGGAAAGAAGAGUUGCCUAGUCAUCCUAAAUCUGCCGGGGACACCAUUCCUGCCAAGAAGUCCCCUCCCUCUCCCAGCAACUUUGGGCAUCAGUACAGGAAGUUUUCCUUCGAAGACUUGGAAGACCCAUUGGCGGGACUUCUCUCCGAUGAUGAGGAAGGAACCACCAAGAAGCCACCCAGGACAGAGAGUAAACUGGCUUCCGAAAAGGGCACAGCCCCAGUCAGAGAUCAAGACAAAGAAGAUCCCUGGGGUGAUGAGGACUUCACCUUUGGGGCCUAUCAGCCCAGUGUGGGCUCCUGCGAGGGCCGGCAGUCCCACCGGCAGUCGGUCAGUAGGUUCUCAGCAGAAGGUGGCGCAGACCCCAAGGGAGAACCAGCCUCCAAAAGGAGCAUCCCAGUGGCCGCCAGCCCCACCCACCCCAGGAAGGGAGGAGCUGACUGGCUGGGCCUGAAGGACGAGGACCUGUUCCCUCCCUCUCCCACCAGAGAGGCUCAGAGGGGAGGGGAGGCGCUCUCCACUCCUUCUGCGCCCCCUCCCAGGAGCCAGCACUCUGCCCCAGCUGGACUGCCCACCUCCUCUCCGGGGGCCAAGCCAGCUCCAGAGGGUGCAGGUUUCCCUGCCAAAGCCGGCCAGCCUUCACACCAGUGUGUUGCCAGCACUCAAGGGGUCAAGCAAGCGACUGCUGGAGGGUCCUCAGGAACAGCGGCACAUAAGCCACCGGCAGGACCCACCACCUCAGGGUCCCCCGUGACUUGGAACCAGGCUGCCUUGGCCCUCCGUGUCGGUGACCCCCAGAGGGGAACAGCCCGUGGAGACCUCUCCAGCGCCGAGCCUGCAGCCUGCUUCCCCAGCUCCCAGGAGACCACAGGGCCUUCUGUGCCUGUCCAGUCCCUGUUGCCAGAGUCCCCGGCACGGAGCCUGGUACCGGGCACAGAAUGCCAGAGGCAGCUCCUGGCUGCACAGGUGCAGCUGCAGAGUGGCACUGCCGGGCUCCAGGCUGACCUUCUGCAGAGUCAGGCCCGGCUGGCAGAGCUGGAGGCCCAGGUGCGGAAGCUGGAGCUGGAGCGGACCCAGCACCAGCUGCUGUUGGAGAGCUUGCAGCAGCGACACCAGGCAGACCUGGAGCUCCUCGAGAGUGCUCACAGAAGCCAUGUAAAGAUGCUAGAAACAUCGUACCAGCAACGGGAAGAGCGGCUGCGGAGGGAACACGAGGAGCUGUCGGCCCGGUAUCUGUCGCAGUGCCAGGAAGCCGAGCAGGCCCGGGCCGAGCUCACGGCCCAGCACCAGCGGCGUUUGGCGGCCGCCGCACAAGAGAAGGACCAGGAGAUGGAGCGGCUCCGGGAGCUGCAGCGGGCCUCCAUCCUGGAGAUGCGCAAGGACCACGAGGAGCAGCUGCAGCGGCUGAAGCUGCUGAAGGACCGGGAGAUUGACGCCGUCACCAGCGCCACCUCCCACACGCGGUCCCUGAAUGGCGUCAUCGAGCAGAUGGAGAAGUUCUCCAGCAGCCUGCACGAGCUGUCCUCUCGCGUGGAGGCCUCGCACCUCAGCACGGCCCAGGAGCGGGAGCUGGGGCUCCGGCAGCGUGACGAGCAGCUCCGAGCGCUGCAGGAGAGACUGGGCCGGCAGCAGCGGGACAUGGAGGAAGAGCGGAGCCGGCUCCAGGAGGUCAUGGGGAAGACGGAGGCGCGCCUGACGGAGCAGAGCCGGCUGCUGGAGCAGGAGCGAUGGCGGGUGAAUGCCGAGCAGUGCAAAGCUGAGUCCACGCAGCGCGCUCUAGAGGAGCAGAGGAAGGUCAUGGUCCAGCAGAUCGCCAUGGAGCGGGAGGAGCUGGAGAAGGCCAAGAGCGCCUUGCUGGAGGAGCAGAAGUCCGUCAUGCACAGGUGUGGGGAGGAGCGGCGGCGCCUAGCGGCCGAGUGGGCCGACUUCUUCGCGCAGCAGAAGCUGAGUAAGGAGCGGGCCGAGCGUGAGGCAGAGAGGGCGCUGCAGGUGGACACCCAGCGGGAGGGCACCCUCAUCAGCCUGGCCAAGGAGCAAGCCGAGCUGAAGAUCAGAGCCAGUGAGCUCCGAACCAAGGAGGAGCAGCUGGCGGCUGAGAGGGAGGCCCUGGAGCGGGAGCGGCAGGAGCUGCGGCUGGAGAAGGAGAGGGUCAGCGCCGCUGCCCUGCGCACCAGGCUCCGCGCCGAGGAGGUGGAGAGCAUGAGCCAGGUAGCCUCGGAGAAGUUUGAGGAGGGGCAGCGGGCGCUGCGUGAGGCCCGGCAGGUGCAGCAGGAGCAGCAGGCGCGGCUGCAGCUGGUGCAGCGACAGCAGGAGCGGCUGCGGCAGCAGGAGCGGCACGUGCACGAGGAGCACCUGAGUCUAGCCCAGCAGAGGCUGCGGCUGGACCGCCUCCGCCAGGACCUGCCCUCCGGCCCCGCGGCGCUGUUCCCUGGGACCCAGUGCCCGGCAGCGUCCUGCCUGAGCGCCACUGUGGCUCCUGCCCCCACCCCCCUCGGGUGCAGCCGGCCACCCGCCGGCCUGGGCCCCUCGCACCUCCACGCCAGGCUCAUGCUGCUGAAACACACAGCUGAGCAGGACCGUGACUUCUUGGAGAAUGAACAGUUCUUCCUGGAGACCCUGAAGAAAGCCUCCUACAAUAUGACAUCCCAUUCAGCCUGA